AUUGGUUUAACAUUUGAACAUGUCGAUUGCUUCUCUAGGUCAUCACCUUGACACGGAUUUAACAUGAAUGUGGACUUAUAAAAUUUUAAGAAUUCGGACGUCCACUUUUAUGGAGGGCAGUAGAAGAUGUUGAAAUGCAUAUAUUUCAACUAUGUUUGUUUUUAGGAAAUAUAGCGCUUUUAAUAAAUGUGGGAGACCAGAUACAUUUGAUGACCUUCAAUAACCCAAGUUUAUUUAAAUAUAAUGAAGUCAGCUCAAGAAAUAUUGUCAUCCUGUGUAGAUUAUUCUCGAGUAACGUGGUUACAUCCCUUAAAAAAUGUUCGCAACCACUCUAUGGUCAUGGUUUUGAUCAGUUAACGGGUAAUAAAUUUGGUCAGUUUUAUGAAAACCUCCUAUGUGUUACGGGAUACAGCCUACAAGUAGACGACCUCAAUUUCACUAGCAAAACCUCAAAGAAUGAUGUCUAUGGGUUUUUCUUUCUUUCCGAAAAUGAAUUAAAGGGUUAUGUAAAUAUUUCAUCUUCAGAAAUAUAUCCAUCAGGUUUUACUAUUCUCAUCGAAUCCAUAAAUCAAGAAUUAGGACAAAACGACAAUAAUUCAGUUCACUCUACUACUAUGUGCCAUUUAUUCGGUGCCACGUACAACUCCACUAUUUUUCCUUUAAAGGUUACGAUCUUCGAAAACGGUACUGAAGCAUCUUCAAAUGUUCAAAGAUGGAGUCAAAUUUCACCAAGUAGAAAUAAUUCGACAUUUCAUUCUUUCAAUUAUACUAUUAACUCAACAUCAUCUACCAAUGUUCAAUUAUUUGAUUCACAUUAUCGUAACAACAACAUAGCCAGAAGAGUGAAACGCUCCUCUAUAUCAAUGACAAAUACCUCAAUUUUGGAUACAUUACAUGUUUUCCAUCGUCCCGGUGAAUCGCAGCCAUAUGUGGUGGAGUUGUUUAUGGUUGUGGAUGAAACUAUGGUUGCAGAAUUUCGUGGACAAUAUCAUCAAUUGAUUUCUCGUAUUAAUAUGAUUAUUGCACUUGUAAAUAAGUUGUUUGCUCCAUUCAACAUUGUAACAGUUAUUGUUCGUUUAGAAAUUUGGGAACAAGAUCGUGUUAGUUUAAAAGUUGAAGAACAUCAUCUGCUCACUGCAUUAGCUCAAUUUAAACGAAUGUAUGCUAAUGUGCGUCAUGAUUGCUUGCAUGCUCUAUUAGGUACAAAAGAACAAGGCUCACGAACACGUGGAAAAGCUAAUCAUAUGACCAUGUGUAUUUAUUCGCGUUGUGUUGGUUACAGUAGAGUAUCACCAACACUUGAUAUUAUUGAAACAGCUCGCACUAUCGCACAUGAACUUGGACAUAAUUUCGGUUUAAGACAUGAUACUGAAGAAUGUGAAUGUCAAGGUUGUAUAAUGGCUACUGGUGUAGAAUUUGGCACAACAGUUAUGAAAUGGUCACCAUGUUCUAUAAGAGAUUUACCAGGUCUAUUAAACCAUGGAAUGGGUGUUUGUUUACAUGAUUUGCCUGCUAGUGGGAGUGUAACAAUUAAUUCUUUCGUACCAAACUCUAAAACAUCUACACAUAGAAAGAAUAACAAUAAUGAUAAUAAUAAUAAUAUAAGUAUUCCAAGUGUUGUACAUAUUUAUGAUUGGCAAAGUGAAGCGAAACGAAUUCCAGUUAGUCGUGUAUUAACUAUAAGACAACGUCAUUCUGCCUCAUCUGUUGAGAAAUAUGCAAAUGGAUUAUGUGGAAAUGGGGUGUUGGAUCCUGGUGAAGAAUGUGAUUGUGGUACACAAACUUCAUGUCCAGAAAAGUGGCAAGCCUGUUGUGACCCAGUACGUUGUCGAUUACGUGGUAAUUCUCAGUGUGCUGGUGGUCCAUGUUGUGAUAUUAUUAAAAAAAAUUCCCUGGAAAAUGUAAAUCAAUCAGCAUCUUUUUAUUGUAAAUUAAAACCUUCCGGAACUAUCUGUCGUAAUGAAUCUGGUACUUGUGAUUUACCGGAAUAUUGUGAUGGUCGUAGUCAAUGGUGCCCAGCCGAUGUAUACAAAAUCGACGGUGAAUUAUGCUAUACCGAUGAAGGUCGUCGUGCUCAUUGUAUUCGUGGUGGUUGUCGUGAAGCAGAUGGUUGGUGUCGUGUAUUAUGGGGUAAAACUGCCAGACUUGCUGAUAAAUAUUGCUUUUAUGAAAAUGAAGUAAAGAGUAAAAAAUCUAAUGUCGAUUCUGUAGCAAAUUGUGGCGUACACCGACCAUUAUCUAAAAAUCGAUGGGAAGAUGCAAAAACGUGGACAGGAAUAGCUUGUGAAACAUGGCAUGAUACGUCCUGUGGACGAUUAUGGUGUCAUCAUCAAAAUGAAAAAGCUAUGCUUCUCGGUUGGAUUCAGUCACAAACACGUGUUAUCCACUCAUCUGGUCGAUCAUGUUCUGCACUAGUAUAUGAUCCAGUUUGGCCGGCUUCAGAUCCUACCACUUGGGACGAGAACAAAUUAGUUCAAAUUAAUGCGAAUGGUGCAGGUGUUGGACUUUAUUCAGCAAAUACACAAGAUGCUGGGAUGGUUCCUGAUGGGACACCUUGUUCUCGAGGCUUUUGUUACAAUGGUACUUGUAAAACAAUCGAUAAUGUUCGUCCACUGUAUUCAUGUUAUUGCAAUGGUCGUGGCAUUUGUAAUAAUUUAGGACAUUGUCAUUGUUCACCCGGUUAUAAACCACCUUACUGUGAAGAAGAUGGAAAUGGUGGCAGUGUAGACAGUGGUCCGCCUCCAAUAAGUAGGAUCAAGGAUAACACAUUACUUGUUGUAAUAUGCAUCCUUUUCUUUGUGAUUUUACCUCUCAUUGGAUUUGGCGUAUACUAUGUAUUUAUACGUUCUGGUAGAUGUUUAGUGAGCACAUCAAAGGAGUUUAUUUAUACAAGUAGUGGUUUACGUAAACCAUGUGAUAAAAAUUGUACAGAAUGCUUUUGUCAACUAUUCAGAAAUGACAAAGCCAAAAAUUCAAAACAAAGUGAUAGACUCGAAAAGCCGUACCCCUUACUUGCAUUCGCAGCCUUCGAUUCAAAAGUCACAGAGAAUAAGGGAUUCAUCAACGGUCAAACCAAUGGUUACUGCAAUGUCACAUCCAAUGGUAAACUAUCAAACGGUUCUUACAGACCAGUUAAACCAAAAACAGUCAGCUUUGAACCAGUGCCCUCUAAGAAAACAACUUCCAAUUUCAGUGGAGUCAAAACAACUUGCUCACAAAACACCUUGUUCACUAAUUUAUCAACAGAAAAUAGCACAAAAGCAGCAAACAAAUAUCACCCCACAGGUUCGAAAAGAGAAAUUCUAACUUUGAUUUCUAGAAAUGAUAAAAACUGCAUCAUCAAGGAAGAUAAUAAAGAAACAAUCCCAACUAGUCACCUGAAGUUUACUAAAUUCGAUAAUCAACAUCUCUCCACCGCUUUUGAACAUCACCAACAACAUUUACACUCGAAAAUUACACCUAUAAAGCCAACUACAUUCAUUUCCGAACCCCGACUUGAAACAAUGACUUAUGAAGGACCAAUGUGUUCUUUAAAUGAUCCAAUUAUAAUUAAUACAUUACAACGUAAAUCUAAAAACACACUUGAUAAUCAAUCAAAACCUGCUUCAUUUACUAAUUCUCAAUCAUCUAUUAAUAAACAAAAUUGUCAACUGAAAACAAUCACUAAUCAACACCUUACAACGCAACCACUGACAACAACAGUUGUAACAGGUGGACGUCAACCACUUUCAUCGAAAGAUAUAUCUGAGCCAUUAUUACAAGCAACUACAUAUAACGAAAGUUUAUCGGAUCUAAAAACAGCUAGAUUGAGAUUAUCACAGAAAGAAUUUGAACUCUGAUUAUUAUUUUCCGCUAGUCGUCUGUCCGUUGAUGGGUUUCUCACAUUUAUUGUUUAGAAUUCUGAUCUAUUUCCAUUAAAUGUUGUUCUCUCGCAAUUCAUUCCAAUAGAAAAUGAAUAUAUUAAUAAUAAGGGAAAUAUCUACUAUGAGAAUUAAACAUUUACAUUGUAAGAAAUACACCAAUAUAUUUAUUAUUUUCAAUAAAUGUGAUAAUCUAGUCGUGUUGCUUUUUUGUGGUUUUAUCUUUAUUCGAUUUGGAUCGUAUUUAUUUAAAUAGUAAUGAUUCAUUUAUCAAUAUUAAUCGAUGAACUCUCUUGAAUCUCUUGAAAAGUUGACGUAUAGUUGGAUAUUCCAGGCCGAAUUCAACUCAGGCUGAUAGAGAUUAUUAUGUAAGUGAUUUUGUUUUUAUGUGUGUAUUUGCUGAUGUGAUGAAUUUCACUUUCUUGUUCUUAUAUAUCUAACACAAUUCGGUUGUAUACAACUAAUUGUUCUACUUAUCUUCCAACCAACAUUCAUUAUAAUAAUAUUAUUCUGGUGUGAAUUAACCUUCAUGUUCAUUUUAAAGUCCACUUUACUUAUAGAACUAAUGGAAACAAUAAUCAAUUGGUUAUCAGUGAUAUAUACAUUUAUAUAUUUGCUGAUGUAUGUCGUUAUUGUAUUUAUCUUAGAACUUUCCGCUUUUAUAGAUGACUACUCUUGAAUUCCUACUUAAUUUGAAUGUCAAAAUUAACGAUCUGUGACAUGCUACAUAUAAAAAUUAUUAAAAAUGUCGAUUAAAUUCUUGCCUCCCUACUUUUCAAAUAUUCCCUAAUUGCCUUUUUUGUUACAAAAAUAUUUAUUAUAAUAUAUUUAAUAAAAGUAUUUUCAAGCAAUCCAAUGAGUUAUUGCAUGUGUACUGAGUGAAAUGGUAGAAGUCAACGAUCGUUAUAUAACACAUAACUAGUGAUGUAAGAAAUUUCAGCUACCAUAUUUGUUUAUUUAUUCUUUUUAAUUAUGAUGAUGAUACGUACUUCAUGCUCAGGUUUUGUUUUUUAAUCUUAUAUUUAUGUGUAAGCGGAAUUAAUUUACCUCUUUAGUCGCCUUCAUCAAUCGGCAGAUUAAAAAAAUAUAUAUAGUGUGAAAUCGUGUUUUGGUUUUUUUCUUCACUACCACUAAAUUAAACGCAUAGACCCUCGAGAGUAGAAA